AUGGUGAUAUUAGAUCUCAUUAGUGAAGGCAGAAGCUGGUGGAGCCAUUGGAGGGAAGAGGGUGUAGACAAGGAGAGGGUAACCUGGCUGAGAGUGUAUGGUAUCCUCUGUCAUGUUUGGAAUUUUAAUUUCUUUGAAAUGCUAGCGAACAAGGUAGGAAAGUAUGUAUGUUGCGACGAAAACACCUUGAACUCUGCCAAUAUGGAUAUCACGAGAAUUUUGGUGAGAACUACUUGUUGUUUGGUUCUGAAUGAAUCUUUUAAUGUAUUGAUCGAUGAUAUUGUUUUUAGAAUUAAAAUGUUAGAUGAUUCUCACGGCCCUCUCAGGAUCUCUUUGAAUCGCAAAGUGGGGAAGACGGUUUCGAAGGGUUCUUCCUCUGAUUUUGAUAUAGGAUGGCACAACCAGGAAGACGACUAUGUUUAA